AUGUCGCUUCACUUCACUUCAGAAGCGUGCGUCUAUGCGGCCCGGAUACUCGUAACAAAAGCCAAAAUGAGACACGAAAGGGAAGUUUCGACAAAGUUGGAAUCUCGAACUCGCAUCUGCACAGCCCCCGACAUCAGCAAAGCAAUCACGACGAAACCCGACCAGACCUCCUGCCCGCCCAUCGCACCUGGCCCCAUGGACCCCACGACCUUGCAAAGCACCCCAAGUGAACGACCCCAAGGGAAGCCGCCGGACGGUUCACUUCCUCCUCGGCGCCGUCCAGACCGCAACGGUCGAGGCUGGCUUCGGCUGUCCGAAUGCAUCUGCAUGCCAGAAGCAUUGCCAGAGCAUGCCGGGAAAAACAAGCGGAAGAUGUGGCGGCAGAUACAGGAAGACCUGCACCUGCCUCUAGAAAUUAGCCCUUCGCUCAGACUUCCAGAUCUCCACUGCUAGAGGAGAAAAUAAAAAAUGAUAAAUUAUAUAAAUGAUAAUACAAGUGCUUCC